AUGACAAAUCUACUCAACAACUACGAAUCAUCGACUGCGGACGUGAAUGAUGGCAAUCGGUUGAUCAAUAAAAUCGUAGAUGACAUCUUUCAGCUGCAGCAAUGUCAUUACGAGGAAUCUGACUCCCAGCCAGAGCUGCCCUCCACUCCAGGCUCAACGCCAAGCUUUGUGGACAGGCGUUUGAAAUACUGGAAGGAUAUGAUACGUCAGCGUCGCGCCAAGCAGCUAAAACUGUGCCUGGCCACGGGCAGACAGCCGCAGCAGUUGCUCCUCAACGUGAGCAAUCGGGAGGAGCAGAGCAUCAAGCGAAUUCUGGAGCACAUCUCGCGCAGGGAUUCCUGCACAACAACAGCUGGGCUGCGUGUGGAUCCUUUGGAGAUAACCUUUGCCAAGCCACAAGACUACGUUGAGAUUGUGGGCCUACCAAAACAGGUUAGCUUGGAGCUGGAUGGCGCCGCGAGCACAAGGAGCAGGUGGUGCGAUUCACAGCUGCUUGCUAGCCGCUUGCUGGAAAAGGAAGCAGACAUUAAAAAGGUGGUGGAGUAUUGUCCAGACAUCGAUGAGCUCGAGCUGAUUGGCAGGAAUAUUUGGCUAAGACAGCUCUGCGAGCGUCUAUCUGGUCAUACAAUAUCCCUACUAACUCCAGCCGUGUUAUCCGAGCGUGCCUUACAAAUAUCGAUGGGUAGCAAUACAUCUUUAAAGUUGAAGCCGGUAGCGGCCUUUGCCUCGCAGCUGGCGGUGCUCAUCAAUGGCACCACCUACCGCCGAUAUCGGCCGGAGUAUUCGCCGAUACUGGAGCGGAGGUUCGUUUGCAAUCCGUACGAGCGCAGCCUGCGCACUAUUAUGCGCAUCGAGAACAAUGGCCGGGAGGCAAUCAACUUUAGCUGGAAUCGCGCCGAGUUCUUUGCCUACAACAACACACUUUUCAACUCGCCCAACGAGGUGUUUGUCUUCGAUACGGAACCCUUUCUGCUGCGGCCAGGCGACGUGCGUGAGGUCUCGGUGCUCUUCCGUCCCAGCAAGGUGGGCAUUGUGAAGCAGCGCUGGCUGCUCAAGACCUAUCCGCGCAUUUUCUUUCGUUGUCCCUGUGCCCUGACUCUGAACAUGCAUGGCCGGUGCACACCCCCACUGGAGUAUCUACAGCUGAUCGGAGAGUAUACGCAUCCAACAAUACGAGAUUGCCGAAAGUCGGCCACAGUGGAACAGUUGCCCACUCCAAUACCGCUGGAGCCACCACGAACUCUCAUCCCGUUCGCAAGGGAGCUGGAGGAGAGCGAGGCUUUUAAUCGGCGCAACGUGGGCUUUCACUGCGAACGCGACACCGAAAUUGAGGGCUUGAAAAGGUUCUUUUGCUUGGUUCGACCAGAUCUGUGCAACUUGGAAUGGGAUUACAGUGUAAGCAUGCUAAUUGAAUUGGUCUGCUCCAAGGAGGAUGAACGGCUGCGCGUCAAUCUUUUCGAGCAGCUACAACUGCAGCUGUCGGAGCUGCGUGGCCGCACAACGCCGCUCAGCCUGAGCGAUGCCCCAGCCAAGCUAAGGGAACGCCAGCGCACCAGAUACAUCUAUGUGCGUGGCAUCAUAUCGAAUAGCAUUGAAUUGUGGGAGCAGAAGAUUUGGGCGCUGUCUGCACAAAUUCUCAAGCUUGCCGAGCGCCGACAGCAAACAGAAGUGGAGUCCAGCUCAGUUGGUGCUCGGACACGGAAGCGGCUCCUACACUCGAAAUCAUUUCGAGAUUCAAUUUAUAUAUACACCUACUAUCAGCUGUGCGACGUUGCCGAAAAUAUUGUCUCCGUCAUCGAGAGCACUGAGCAGGUCUAGACAUAAAUUUACAUCCGACCCAAAUACUGUACAACGAAAUAAAAAAAAUACAGAAAAUA